AUGAACGAUCGUGACUUUUACGAUGCAUGUCCACUUUCCGUGAAGCAGCAGAUUUGGCUCCGAAACCUUGAGUUAUUCAAGGAGGCGUAUCGGCCAUCUAUUGAUUCAUACCUGAAAAGGAAAGAAGAUUUGUUGUUGUCUGCAGAACCGACGGCUACUAACUUUUUCACAUUCGAGACCACAAAAGCCCGACGUCAAUGGAAGGAGAUUAAAGAUCUGAUCACGUUUGUUGGAAAUCAUGAAGAGUUAUUCCUGGCUGUGAUGACGUAUAUUAGGGAGCUAUUUGCCGCCACAGGCGAUGUCAUGCUCUGUUCGUUGAGGUAUGAGCUGAUUAUGGCUGCUCACGAUGCCAGUAUUGAGGGUAUAGUGAAGGCAGAUCUUUGUCAUGAUUUCGCCUGGUGUUUGGAAGCAUGCAUGCGCGAUAAACACUUGGAAAGCCACCAAACUAAUAGACUUCGUCACAUUCUUGACACAUUUCCAAAAUCUUCACAUGAGAGAGCAGUUGAUUUGGCUAUGGUGGCUGGAGACGUUCACGUAAUCCAUUUUCUUUGUUCCGUAACCGUGAGGAAGCUGCGCGAUUCAGUAGGAGCCCACCUGCCGCGUGAUAUGCACUCAGUGGUUGUGCUAGUGCGUGUCUUGUCUCUGGGGUGCUGCGCAAAGGAUUUGGCGUUGAGAAAAGUGCUUCCUACUGAGGUUGUGGAUUCUAUUUUUAUAACUAAGUUUCUCCCAGAAUUUACUUCCUUGAUGGUGGAGGACUGCAUCAGAGCGGAGCUUAUGCGCACGAACAGUGAACUUGGAGAAGAAUUCGUUGUGAGCAACUUUCUUUCCAAACCGUCCGACCGCUUGAUCACAUUUUUGAAGGCUAGUCGGCUUGCUUCACUUCUGUGGUAUCAUUGCUGCCUCGAUAUGCUUCCUAGUAAAAAGAGAGUGGGCGAUUUACGUGGACUUUCACGAUAUGCUGAAGCUCUGCCUUUCUUGAGAGAUAAUAUCGCAUCUAGCAGUGUUUGGUGCCACUUACUCUUUCAACGCCUCAUCUAUUCAAAUCAGUUCGAGCCAGCUUUGGUAGAUUCCGCUAUAUAUGUUGCCAUAAUAGAGCAAGUAUUGCUUAAAAACCUCGUUGCUGAUCGUUGCGCAAAAUAUCAACUCCUUAAACUGAUCAGUCAGAUAGGCUACAUUUGGGGUCAGCCUCAUUGUGUCACAAUGCUCAAAGAAUAUGAUGUAGAGUAUUUCGCACGUGCUGGUCAUGAGGAUUUAGACUACUUCAUAGGAGAAUAUAAUAAGCUGCGCGAGAGACUAAUGCCAAAGCCUAUCGAAAACAUAGAAACUGAUCACGAGCAAGUCCCAUCUUCAAAACCAAUACCUGCAGUUGGAUCAGUACAGGCUCCUACACCAUCAACACCUCUACAUUAUAAUCCUUUUCAUGCUACAACUCCUCAUCAUUCACUUUGA